ACAGGCAGGGACUCCAGUCACCUCUCUCCAUUCCUUUAAUAGAGACAUGAAGUUACUAUUGUUAAGUCUGCUCUUCGUCGGCCUGGCGCUGGCCGGGGAGCAGACAACAACAGAGCAACAGGAGCCGACAACAGAUACGCCAGUGUUGAUAAAUAGACAGCUGUCAAUAGAGGAACAGGUGCCGAACGCUAGACAGGUGGAGACGGAGACUCUGGCGUUAACAGUACCAGAGGAUAAGGCUGGACUUCAGAAUCCGGCUGUAUUACUCGCUCAACUUCUAACUUACCUGAAUGGAGUUUACACUACCGCCAUCGCCGCCGCAAACACAAAUGUGGCGGCGCUUUUCAACGCUCUGGGAAUCAACCCGGCUGUUUUGGGUCCGGGACCCGUAGCUGUGCUGGGCACUAUCGUGGGCGUCUUCUCUGUCGUCAAUUCCAUCAAGAUUACUGUCCUCAACCUCCUUCACAAGGCGCUAGAAAUGAUCAGCUUUGUGUUGGCCAUUAUUGGCCUCGCUGUUCUAAUCCUUUAUGCGAUCAUAAAAGAGGGCAAGUUGACUGAGCUGCUGGGAGCCCUCACCGGAGAUGAGGAAGAGGACCCAAUGCAGACCUACAGCAGCUACGCCAGCAGUGCCAGGGCCCUCUUUGACUCGCCCAAGAUACAACGCCUCGCAGCCAGAGUGCACGAAGCCAUCACCAAAUACGACUAAACCUUCCCAUGUUUACUCUUUCGACGUUCAUCUCUCUUCCCGGGAGAGAUGAACGUCGCCUUUCUCAUAAACCCUGUAUAAUUUAUAUAUUAUUUAUUUGUUAUAUUAUUGGUCGUUCCUCUCAGGGCUGGACCCUGAAGCGGGAGACUUUAUACGCAGUCCAUUACACGACUUGGAGAAAAACGUUGAAGACAAACGACUUGGUACUGAGACUGUGGGAGAGCUCUCUAUCAACACUGAACCGUUGGUAAGGUGGACUUAUUUGACCCGCUGAGGCAAUACGCUUUCAGUUUACCCUGUAUUAAUGGUAGCGACAAGAGCCGUUUUCUCUCAAUCUCAGUGCCCGACUUGUGACCUAGACGUACCUGAACCUCUGUGUUUAAGACAUGCUAUAAUAGCCAUGUUUUUCACUGUACAUAUUUUAUGUAUAUUAAAGUCACAUAUUUUAUGUGCUCUACGCCUGUUGGAGUCGCACACACCUGAAGCCGCCCUAUAUCAACGGUGUGAGCGUCUCUCAACUCUAAGUCAACUGACCUACGAUAUUCGACUGACUUCAUGACGCACAAACAUGCACUAUUAUAUUUUUAUAUGUAAAAUUUGUAACAUAUUAAUAAAACUUAUA